AUGGGUAAGAGUAAGAAAAAAAGAGCGAGAACAAGCCCUAAUGAUAUUGAUAAUACUAGUGUUUACGAUGUACUCAACUGUGAUGAUAUCAUGCAUGAGAUUCUACUUCGUGUUCCACCAUCAACUCUGUCCAAAUUAAUCAUUGUAUCCAAAAGAUGGCUCUCUGUUGUUUGCAAUUCGUCUUUUCGCCGAUGCUAUUUGACUCAAUGGGGUCAAGAAUUUCGACAUUUAGGGUUUUUUGUAUGCAACUUUUUGUACCUUGGAAGACCUCGAAACGGUGUUUGUCGCCCUUCGUGGGAGCCGGCGCUUCCGUUCUUGUCAACUUGUAAAGAGGGUGAUGAUUUUAUGAGGUCUGGAAUCCUUAAAAAGCUUGGUUACUUUAUUGAUUCUUGUAAUGGUGUUAUACUUUCUGGUGUGCAUCCUAAGAUUUACUAUGUUUAUCAUACAAUGGCGAAGCAACGGUAUCAGCUUCCGGUGCCUCAGCAGUUUUAUAAGACUUUAUGUAUGGCGUUGAUUGUUGAGGAGUAUCUUGAGGGUGAUAUUUGCUAUAAAGUGAUUCGUGCGAAAUGUGAAUCUAAGCUUAGGGAACGGAAUACUGUGUCGAUUGAGACUUACUCUUCGAAGACUGGAAAAUGGAAGCAAACUACUCUGAUGUGUUCGACAUCUUUUGCGUUGGUCCCGAGGACUGUUGGUAUGGUGGUUGGAGGAGUUGUACAUUGGCUUGCAAUUUGGGGGAAACUUGUCAUUUAUGAUCCGCGUCUUGGAGAUAGGAAUGUUGCUUUGGUUAAGUUACCGGCGGGUGUGUUAUCGCAGGAGCACGAGGAGUCUGUUCUUGGGGAAUCGUCAGAUGGGCUUUUGCAGUAUGGUCAGAGCAAUAACUUGGGUUUGGAGAUAUGGGUUCUUGAGAAGGAGACAGGAGUCGGUCCUUCCACUUACUCUAACUGUACUCAUCUUAAGUACAAAUGGAUUUUGAGGUGGAGAUUGAAUUUUAAAGCAAUAUGGAAGCAGAUACCAACUUUUAGCUUGUAUUUUAAAGAAACUCAGAUAUUGUCCUUUCUUCCUCAGAAUUCUACAUCUGUGUUUAUUAGAGUGGGCUGGAACAUUUUCCAGUGUGAUUUGGAGACCAAGACUGCGGAAGUGGUUAAUUAUCAAGGGCGGGGAGCCUCCAUUUCAUGGGAAUCUAGCAAAGUUGUUCCUUACUUUCUGCCUGCUUGGCCACACUCUUCAUCUGUGUCAGUACAGAAUGGAACAUGA